AUGCAAUCCAAUGGCAGAGGAUUUGAUUCUUCAUUGCCCUUGAAGUCACUUCCAACCUGUUUUGACCAUGUGACUGACAGACAAAAACCCAAACAGGUUGAGUGUUGCAGAAAAUAUGAAAUGAGCCUGAAGCCGCCUCAAGGUCGGCAAUACCCCGAGCCUUCUCGGCCCCCGCCUUCCGGGCUGGUCCCUGCCAGCCAAGGACUGGAAAAGGAGGGAGUCCCCAGUCCCGGCAGGGCAUCCUGCGAACAGGUUCAGUGUUCAGCAGGGACGGGCAAGGGGGAGCUGGGCCCCAGGAAGGUGGACUCGGAAGAGCCGCCAGUGGGCGGCAGGGACCCGGCCCGGCCCCCGCGCGCCCGGGCUCCCCCGGCGGGUGCUUGGAGCCCCGGAGAGGAGGAACAGGCAGGGGCGCGGUGCUCUCCCCGGCGGCGAACUGUCACGGAAUUCGACACCCGGAAAGGCAGCUGGUCCCUGGCCAGGACUCCUGAUCCUUCUCAAAUGGAAACACUUUCUCCCAGUGAACCUGCCGGAAUUCUCUGUGGCAUCUCACCUCGGCCUUGCCUCCUGGCGCAUUUAACAGAGGCCGCGUUUAUCACUUUGAGACGAGGAAGGUUCCAAAUGGAGCGGGGCUCUCGGUUGCAGAACAAGGAGACAACUCAGGAACAGAAGAUUUAAAUAAUUUGUUCAUGAUCACACAGCUAUUAAGUGGGGGAGCUGCCAUUGAAACUCAGAACAUCUGACUCUGGACCACAACUCUUAAUCUAUUACAUAGCUCUGUCAUCACAUAUUCAUCCAUCUAUUCUGAGAUGGAGGCGUGAACAAGGCAACCAGGAUCCUUGGAACUUGUAUUUUAGUUGAGGGAAGUAGACAAUAUAUUCAGCAAACAGAUUGGAUAAUGUCAGGUAGUGGUAGAUGCCACAAAGAAAAGAGAACAGAGUAGCGUAAUAGGGAGUGGUGACCUUCACAUGAAGUGUGGAGAGGGACAUUCUCUUUGUGGUAGGAACAUUCAGGCUGAGACCUUAAAGCUCUGAGGAGAGGAAAUACAAAUAGCUUGUGAACAUAUGAUAGUUAUUACCUUUAGUACUUAUGGGAAUGCAAAUCGAAGUCACAUUGGGUAUCCCUUUACACCCAUUUAGUUGGCCCCAUAUUAAAAAGUUUGACAAUAUCAAGUGAUUGAAGAGGAUGUGGAUCCACAGGACCUUCCAACAUUGCUGGCGGGAGUAUAAACUGGCACAGUGACUUUGGGAAACGGUUGGCAUUGUAUCCUAAUUUGAACAUUUGUACAACUGUGAUCCAGCCAUUUAACUCACUUCUAGAUUUAUAUCUAUUAGAAUCUCUUGUAUAUGUUCAACAGGAGACCUGUGUGUGAACAUUUGUAACAGUCUGAUUCCCAAUAAUGAAACCCUGGAAAGAACUUCAAUGCCCAUCACCAAAGAAUAGAUGACUAGUGUUAUAUUGUUAUAUAGAGGAAUAUCAUACAGCAAUCAAAAAUGAAUAAGAUAAGUGACAUGUAACAAUAUGAUUGGAUAUGAGCUAUAUAAUAUUAAAUGAAA